CGACACCUGCUCCACAUCCACUUUUUAUUCCACAUUCAAUACAUGCUCCCGUCUUGGUCUCUGAAAUGUAUGCGCGUACACACAUUACCGGGUGGGACCACGAAUUCAAUGCGAUUACAGGACUGAAUGGGUCGGGCAAGUCCAAUAUCCUCGAUGCUAUUUGCUUCGUGCUGGGAAUUCGCAACUACAAGCUGCUACGAGCAAACAAUAUUCAAGACCUCAUCUACAAGCGCGGGCAGGCUGGUAUUAUCAAGGCCUCGGUAACGGUUGUACCAGUCCGCUCGGGAUACGAAAACUACAAGCAGAUUUCGCUGACACGACAGAUAAUGGUCGGCGGAAAGAACAAGUACAUGAUUAAUGGGCAUUCCGCGCAAGAGCAGGCGGUUGCAAACAUGCUGCAGUCGGUGCAGCUCAGCAUCAACAACCCGCACUUCCUUAUCAUGCAGGGCAAGAUUACGCAGGAGGCGGCCGGUACACGCAUGUUUGAGGAGCGCAAGGACAAGGCGCUGCGAACCAUAGCGAAGAAGGACAAGAAGAUUGAGGAAAUCUCGUCGAUUCUGGCCGAGGAGAUCACACCCAAACUUGACAAGCUGCGGCACGAGAAGCAGGCGUAUUUAGAGUACCAGAAGGUUGAGAUUGAGCUCGACCGUCUGCACCGGCUGGUAGUUGCCUACGACUUUACAAAGUGCGAAGAGGCGCUGAACAACGGCAGCUCGGCGCAGGAGGAGAGCAAAGCUCGGCUUGAAAGCCUGGCCCACCAGCUCGAGUCGCUCAAGGUAGAGGUGACACAGAUCACGCAAAGCAAGGCGCAGAUCGAGGAGACUCGCAAAAAGGAGAUGUCGAAGAAUGGCGAGUACAAGUCGCUGCAGGUCAAGGUGGACGAGCUAGCGAAGGAGCUGGUCAAGAUCAAGACGCAAAGCGAUCUCAAGCUGGCGUCAAUCAAGGAAGAGCAGGCAAGCAGGGCCAAGCUGACCGAGUCGCAGAAGGCGUCGCAGAAGAUGUUGAGCGAUCGCAUCGAGCACUUUGAGGCGCAGACGGCCAAGUUUGCCGAGGAGCGGAUUCUGAAGGUCAGCCAGCUGGAAGAGCUACUGCAGUCACUGACCACGGGCGUCGCGACCGACGAGGGCCGCGAGGGCGGGUUCAUGCAGCAGCUGCAGGAGGCACGCAACGAGACAAAUGAGUCGUCAACUGCAAUCGAGCAGGCCAAGCUGCGGAUCAAUCUGCUGAAGAACGAGUCUGCAGAGAUCAACGGGAAGCUGAAGAAGGCACUCCAGCGCCUAAACUCGCACUCGUACAACCGUGAGGCCAAGCGCGAGCUGGAAGACGAGCGCUCAAGGCUCGUGCGGCAGCUGGAGGGCGUCGAUGAAAAGCGGCGUGGACUGGAGGCACGCCUGAGCAACUUUGACUUUGACUACCAGGACCCGGUGCGUGGCUUCGAUCGAUCCAAGGUCAAGGGCCUGGUUGCGCAGCUGAUCGAUAUCGACGACAAGAACAAGUUUGCUUCAGUUGCGCUGGAGAUCACUGCUGGAGGUCGCAUCUACAAUGUCAUUGUAGAUGACGACACCACAGGCGCACUGCUGCUCAAGAAUGGCCGGCUGAAGCGGCGUGUCACGAUCAUCCCGCUCAACAAGAUCUCAGCACACACGCUGGAUCCGACCAUUGUCAACUUCGCCAAGAAUCUGGCGCCUGGCAAGGUUGACGCGGCGCUAUCGCUGGUCGGGUACCCGGAGGAACUCGAGAGCGCCAUGGCGUAUGUGUUUGGGUCGACGUUUAUCUGCAAGGACCCCGAGACGGCAGAGCAGAUGGCGUUCCACAAGAACAUCCGCAAGAAGGCAGUGACGCUGGAGGGCGACGUGUAUGAUCCGGCAGGCACGAUGCAGGGCGGCGCCAAGCCUUCGUCAGCAGGGAUUCUGGGUCGUCUACAGACGCUAAAGAACGCGCGCCAUGAGCAUACUGUGCUGGCCAAGGAGCUGGCGGCGGUCGAAGCGAAACUCGAGCAGAUCGAUGAGCUGAAGGACGACUACAAUCAGAUUUCUCGCGAACUUGAGCUUGCCCGGCACCAGCUGUCGUUGGUUGAGCAGCAGCUUUCGUACACAUCGCACGCGCAGCUAUCGGCGCGCUUGGAGGAGAUUGGCACAGAGCUGUCCACGCAGGAGGCCAUUUUGCCAGAGGCUACGCAGAAGCUCGAUUUGGCGCAGAAGCGGGCAGCGCGUAUUGAGAAGGAGAUGACCGAGUUCAGUGCCGACAAGGGUGGCAAGAUCAAGCAGCUGAAGCAGCGACUGGCGACGUUGAAGGCUGCUCUGCCCGCUGCCGAAACCCGCAUGAAGGAGUGCCAGCGCCAGACGCAGGAGGUCACGCUGGAGAAGGAGGAGAUCGAGAGCGAGAUCUCAGAGUACACCGAGCAGAUCGAGGCCAGCGAUGGCUCGAUAAAGGCGCUCGAGACCGAGCAGGGCGAGUUCCAGAAGCUGCUGCUUGAUACUAAGGAGCGCCUCGAGGAGAAGCAGUCGGCGCUGAGCCGGCUGAGCAAGAAGCUGCUGGUGUACGACAAGGAGAUCGAUGAGCUUGAUCAGCUGCACCGCGCCAAGUCAUCUGAUCUGACGACAAUUCAGCUGGAGAGCGAGCAGCUGGCGCACGAGCUGGAGCGGUCAGCGGCAGCCCACAGCAAGAACAAGCGACUGCACAGCACGCUGCUGAAGGAGAACCCAUGGAUCGUCGACCAGAAGCAGUCGUUUGGACAGGCCAACACGCUAUACGACUUCGCCAAGAACGACCCGAUCGAGGCGAAGCGGCAGCUGCGCAAGCUCGAGGACCAGUUUGCGUCAAUGCGCAAGACGACAAACACCGCGGUGAUGACGAACAUUGAGAACGUGACGAAGCACGAAGCGAGUCUGAAGCACAUGCUGAAGACUGUGAUCCGCGACAAGCGCAAGAUCGAGGACACGAUCUCGUCGCUGGAUCAAUACAAGGUCGAGGCAUUGGAGCAGACGUGGAAGCUGGUCGAUAAGGACUUUGGCGCCAUUUUUGCCGAGCUGCUGCCCGGUAACACGUCGCGGCUGGACAUGCUCGAGGGCAAGCCGCUGUCGGCAGGUCUUGAAAUCAAGGUCAACCUUGGCGGCGUGUGGAAGCAGAGUCUGACAGAGCUCAGUGGCGGCCAGCGGUCGCUGAUUGCAUUGUCGCUGAUUCUGUCGUUGCUGCAGUUCAAGCCCGCUCCCAUGUACAUUCUCGACGAGAUUGAUGCAGCGCUGGAUCUUUCGCAUACGCAAAACAUUGGGCAGCUGUUCCGCACACGAUUCAAGGGGUCGCAGUUCAUUGUGGUGUCACUCAAGGAGGGCAUGUUCAAUAACGCCAAUGUCGUGUUCCGUGCGCGGUUCCGCAAUGGCAUCUCGCAGGUUGAGCGGAUAUCGCAUUUAUGAGCAGCGGUUAUGUUCUUUUUUAUUUUCCUAGAUCCCAAUUCACAGCGCUACCUUUUUAUGUUGGUGAGGGAAAUGUCGCCCAGUUGAUGAGGAGCGUUUGCAUGGGUGCCGGGACCCGCUUGAUGUGUGCGCGGUAGGUAUUCAUGCGGGUUCGCCGGAUGCCGAUGCGGGAGAGCGCCUCUUCGCCAAACGGCGCAUAUGUCGUCUGUGCUCUGGCAGGUGCCUCAAUCUUGCCUUGGUGGACGCUGUCCCAUGUGACCAUAUAUGCAAGAUACGCUGCUGUGUCCUGCAGCGA